AUGGUAAAGCAAACGAUUCAAAUCUUUGCCCGUGUGAAACCGACGAAGAACCAGACCGCGGAGUACUUUGUGGACUGUGAGGAGCAGGGCGGUAGUUUGGAGUUUGUGGUGCCCAGGGACCUGGCAGAUGGUGUUAUCAACAAUAAGAGGGAAAACUACAAAUUCAGGUUUCAGAACGUUUUUGACCAAACAGCCAAUCAAGAGGAAAUCUUUGAGGCCAUUGCAAAGCCUGUUGCUGAUAAUGUGCUGGCAGGUUAUAAUGGCACCAUCUUUGCCUAUGGCCAGACUGGAAGUGGGAAGACCUUUACAAUCACUGGAGGUGCAGAGCACUACAACGAUCGAGGGAUCAUCCCCAGAACUCUUUCGUACCUUUAUCAGCAUUUCAGCAAGGACAGCAGCAUGAUCUAUACAACCCACAUAUCUUACCUGGAAAUCUACAAUGAGACUGGCUAUGAUCUACUGAAUCCCCAACAUGAGGCAUCUCGUCUGGAGGACUUACCGAAGGUGACAAUCAUGGAAGAUCCAGACCAGAACAUUCACCUCAAGAACCUGUCUUUGCAACAGUCAGCCAAUGAAGAGGAAGCUUUGGAUUUGCUAUUUUUAGGAGACACUAAUCGUAUGAUCGCAGAGACUCCCAUGAACCAGGCUUCUACACGGUCUCACUGCAUCUUUACCAUUCACCUGUGCAGCAAAGAGCUGGGUUCAGCCAUGGUGCGGUGCUCCAAGUUGCACCUGGUGGAUCUGGCUGGGUCUGAAAGAGUGGGAAAGUCAGGUGUGGGUGGUCAGAUCCUAACAGAAGCAAAAUAUAUUAACCUCUCGCUGCACUACUUGGAGCAGGUCAUCAUAGCCCUGUCGGAGAAGAAUAGAUCCCACAUCCCUUACCGCAAUUCCAUGAUGACCUCUGUGCUUAGAGACAGUUUGGGUGGUAACUGUAUGACCACCAUGAUCGCUGCUGUGUCUGUGGAGAGGAGGAACACUGAUGAGUCUAUAUCCACCUGUCGUUUUGCUCAAAGAGUGGCUUUCAUUAAGAAUGAUGCUUUGCUCAAUGAAGAACUGGAUCCUGCUCUGCUGAUUGUCCGUUUGAAGAAGGAGAUCCAGUCUUUGAAGGAAGAGCUGGCUCUGGUUACUGGAGAGCAAAGGAGUGACAAGCUAACCCAAGAAGAGAUCCAACAUCAGUAG